AUGGCUUCCUAUGAGAAAGGAGGACCCGAUCCUGAGAUCGCAAAGACUGCCUCAUAUGACUAUGAGGCCCACGAUAUCGCUGCCAUCAAGGAGGGCACCACGACUGAGGCUCCUGGAGAGCAGCUUCAGCGUGGCCUGCACUCGCGACAGGUUUCUAUGAUUGCUAUCGGUGGUGCACUUGGUACUGGACUCAUUAUCGGAACUGGCAAAGCUCUUGCUCAAUCUGGUCCCGGAUCUAUCUUGAUCGCAUACAGUUUCGUUGGUCUUCUUGUCUGGAUUGUCAUGGCUGCUGUCGGUGAGAUGGCUGCUUGGAUCCCCGUUGCUGGUGGUUUCAGUCCUUUUGCUACUCGUUUCUGUGACCCUGCUCUCGGUUUUGCUCUCGGAUGGACCUACUGGUUCAAAUACAUCAUCGUCACACCAAAUCAGUUGACAGCUGCGGCGUUAGUCAUAUCCUAUUGGGUCGAUGCGGACAAAGUCAAUCCAGGAGUUUGGAUUACAAUCUUCUUGAUUGCCAUCAUCGCUAUCAACUACCUGGGUAUUCGCUUCUUUGGAGAGUUCGAGUUCUGGCUGUCAUCGAUCAAAGUGCUCGUGGUUUGUGGCAUGAUCAUUCUUUCUCUUGUCCUCGCGCUCGGAGGCGGUCCAGAUGGCGACAGAAAGGGCUUCAGAUAUUGGCAAAACCCUGGUGCCUUCAAGGAGUACAAGGGCACAGGUGACGCAGGUCGCUUCUACGGAUUGUGGAGUUCGAUGGUCACUGCUGUCUUCGCCUAUCUCGGUACCGAGUUGGUCGGUGUGACUGUUGGCGAGGCCGAAAACCCUCGCAAGACCAUCCCCAGAGCCAUCAAGUUGACUUUCUUCCGUAUCGUCUUCUUUUACAUCUUGUCCGUUCUGCUGGUUGGCAUGAUCGUCCCUUACAAUUCCCCCAAGCUCGCCUUCGCUACCAAACAGUCCAACUCUGCUGCUGCAUCGCCUUUUGUUGUCGCCAUUCAGCUUGCUGGCAUCAAGGGCCUUCCUGGAUUCUUGAAUGCUUGCAUCUUGAUCUUCGUCUUCAGUGCCUGCAACUCCGAUCUUUACAUUGCCAGUCGUACCAUCCACGGUCUUGCCCUCCGUGGUCAAGCACCUAAGAUCCUGGCCAAGACCGACAAGCGUGGUGUCCCUUACUACUCGCUCGGUCUUUCAUCGCUGUUCUGUCUUUUAGCAUACAUGAAUGUCUCGUCAAGCAGCAAGGAAGUCUUUGGCUACUUUGUCAAUCUGACCACCAUCUUUGGUCUCCUGACCUGGAUCUCCAUCCUGGUCACCCACAUUUGGUUCCGUCGCGCUUGCAAGGCUCAAGGCGUUACUCCUAAGCAGUUGCCCUACGCCGCACCCCUCGGCAUCUGGGGCUCUUACUUCUCCCUCUUCUGGUGCUGCCUCAUUGCUCUGACCAAGAACUUUUCCGCCUUCACCCACGACAAGAAGACUUAUGGCGACUUUGACUACAAGAACUUCAUCACUGGAUACUUGGGUAUUCCUCUGUACUUGAUCCUUCUCUUUGGAUACAAGUUCAUCAAGAAGUCUAAGGGUGUCAAGCCAGCUGAGGCUGAUCUGUUUACUGGCAAGGAUGUCUUUGACCGUGACGAGGAGUAUUGGAAGGCCGUUGAGCAUGAGAAGGAUGCUAAGCGUGACGGCGGCUGGUUCUACAGAACUUUCCUGUCUUGGCUGUUCUAA